CUAUUUUCAAUAAAUUUUGAUUUAAAGUUGCUUGGGAUUAUGAAAGGAGAAAAAAUGAUAAAAAAAGUGUAGUAAUAUAUAUUUUAAUAAUCAUAGAAAUAUUAUGUGACCAUGUUGCCGAGGUCCUCGAUGCGGAAUAUAAUAAGAGGUAUGACCAGUCCCAAUUGAACUUUGCAUUCUAUAGAUGAAAUUAAUAAAUGUACGUGAGCUUCGUUACAAUGAUAUCACGUUUCUUUUGUAGCUAUUGAGCAACUGCUAAACGAGAACAUUGAACAAGGAUAAAAUUCUUUUCUUGCUGCUACCUUAUAUUUUUUUAAUUUAUCAAAACUUGGAAUUUUAAAAAGCUGUCUUAAAAAGCUAUUAAUAGCUUACCACUUUGACAUAAUUGAAUUGAAUUGAAUUAAAAAAUCUUUUAAUGCUUGCUAGCGCUCUGCUCGUAGAUCAACAGGAACAUAGUAACUUUAUGUAAGAUCAAGGAUCGUUUAAAUCUGCUUUAUAGGAUAAUAUUUUAUCUGCUCUAUAGGAUAGUAAAUUUUCCCGCUUAUUCGUUGCGGUAAAUUUAGUAUCAGAGAACGUCAUGAGAUGGCGUUGCGAUAAGCGAGAAGUUGCAUACGCAGUAUGAUUCAUAAUUAGUACAGGUCUAUAGUGCAUUCAGUGCACAUGUACCGAGAAAUAUGUGGGAUUGAAUGUACAACAUAAAUUUACAACUACGCAGUGUCAAGGUCUAAACUGAUGACAGAUCGUAGUCACUGUCGUCACUGAAAAGCGAUAUUAUAUAUCCCUUAAGAGAGAAAUAAGUUCGCCAAAUAGUUACAUAAUCGUAUAAUCUUGGUCUUUGACCCUCGGUUCUCGGUUCUAACCUGUCCACGUGCCGUCUUAUUGUUAGCACGAAUAAGACGAACUUUGUUCAACGUAACAAAUUGUGAAUUUGUUCCAACAUUGACGAAAGGUUGAUUAGUAACGUUGAACUAUAAUAUCGUCAGUUUGUUUAGAAUAUUACAUGCGUCCGUAAAAAGACGGUUAUUGACGCUGUUAAAACGCGAGAAUGAAGGAAGAGGUAAAUAACAAAGAGCUGGACAAGGAUCACUGGAAGCUUGAGGCGCAAACCAUUAUCAACGACGUAAAACAACAUGUAACGGACAUCAAAAUAUCAGAAAAAUUACGAAAUAACAAUCAUUUCCUCUACUUAAAUUUGAUUACAUUAGAGGGCUCGAAGUUUUGCAUAGAACUAUCAAGUGUUGGUUUUACCAUCGUUGGUAACGAACACGACGACACAUCAAAGAGAGAAAGCGAGCACUACGAAACGCCCUACAGCUUGUUGAAUUUCGUUAGCCCGCAAUAUAGAGAUUCCUUUGGAAAUUCGCUUGUUCAUAAGCUUAAACAAUUAAGUAACUCACAGUGAACAAAUUUAAUCAGAAUUUUUUAAUAGUGAAAUGAAACACAGUUAAAUAUAGAUGAAAAUAAAGUGCUAAUUCCAAUUGUUUGAAUACACACACAUACACACAUCUUUCAACAAUAAGCGUUUAAAAUCUAAAAUAAAUUAUGAUUCUCGUCAAA